UCCUCCUCACUCGGUAAUUGGCAAGGAGCAUAUGCUCAAUUGCUCAGCUCGAACUUCAAACGAUCUGGAAUCCUCGAGUAUCUUCUUAAACCAUCUAUCUAUCAUUUUCAACAAAUUCCCAAUGAAAUCCCACAACAUAAUCCCUUCAUAAUCAUUCGUAUUUGGACAUACUAGAAUUCAAGGAUAUUAUUAUGAUGGUUAAACACUCUAGUUGCUUGUGAUUGUGUAAACUAUUGUAAUUAGGGUUUUAGAUAUGGCUUCUGGAUUAAUAAGGAAAAGAUAUACCCUUAAUUCCCUAAAGCAAAAUACUUACUUUCUCCAAGGAUUUAUACAUCCUGAGCUUAGGGGAUCACCACAUACUCCUCCAACUGUAGAUAUAACUAAUAAUGAGUUUAGAGGUUUUUCGGUGAGAGAGUAUAUCGCGCAGAACGCGUGCAGGAUACACUAUACUAGUUUCUGGAACGUUCAGACGCCGUUUCGGGGCGCAGAAUCGGCGAGAUAUUCAUCCGUAGUUCCAAACUUGGACGAACGGCAACCACAGCAGCCACAAAAGCAAGUAAAGGAGGCUUCCCCUGCAGACUGUGAUGAUGCGGUUGAAGAUUUGAGUGUGGUAAAAGCGAAAGCAAAAUCUAAGCAGGUUCAAGAAUCCGGAAAAGACGUUAAAUUUAUCGUGAAUAAAGUAAAGGGUAUGCUUUUAUGGAUCGGCCAAGCGAUAAAAGCCAUUGCGUCAAUGAGCAGGAAGGAUUGGGUGGUAAAGUUGCAUCACUGGAAGGAUGAGUUGAAGACGACGCUUCAACACUACUGGUUGGGUAUGCGACUUCUUUGGGCCGAUGUCAGGAUUAGCUCGAGAUUGCUGUUGAAGCUUAGUAGUGGAAGAAGUCUUACUAGAAGGGAAAGACAACAACUUACUCGAACUACUGCGGAUAUAUUCAGGCUAGUUCCUUUUGCGGUUUUUAUUAUUGUGCCGUUUAUGGAAUUCUUGUUACCGGUGUUCCUGAAAUUGUUUCCGAAUAUGCUGCCUUCGACGUUCCAGGACAAGAUGAAAGAACAGGAGGCGUUGAAAAAACGACUGAAUGCAAGGAUGGAGUACGCAAAAUUUCUCCAAGAAACGGUGCAAGAAAUGGCUAAAGAAGUUCAAAACUCGCGAAGCGGGGACAUAAAGAGAACAGCAAAAGAUCUUGAUGAAUUUAUGAACAAGGUUAGGCGUGGUUCACGUGUUUCCAAUGAUGAAAUUCUGGGAUUUGCAAAGUUGUUCAAUGAUGAGCUCACCUUAGAUAACAUCAGUAGAUCUCGGUUGGUGAAUAUGUGCAAAUAUAUGGGCAUCAGCCCGUUUGGAACAGACACAUAUUUACGUUAUAUGCUUCGCAAGAGGCUGCAAGAAAUAAAAGAUGAUGACAAGAUGAUCCAAGCGGAGGGUGUGGAGUCACUUUCUGAAGAGGAGCUUCGUCAAGCGUGUCGGGAUCGUGGCUUACUUGGAUUGCGCUCAGUUGAUGAAAUGCGGCAACAGAUUCGUGAUUGGUUGGACUUGUCCCUUAACCAUUCAGUACCAUCUUCAUUAUUGAUUCUUUCUAGAGCAUUUAGUGUGUCGGGUAAGAUCAAGCCGGAGGAAGCUGUUCAAGCUACGCUAUCUUCAUUGCCGGAUGAGGUGGUUGAUACCGUUGGAGUUACAGCCUUGCCAUCUGAAGAUCCGGUUGCGGAAAAGAGGCGGAAGUUGGAGUUCUUAGAAAUGCAAGAAGAAUUAAUCAAGGAAGAGGAGAAAGAAGAAGCAGAGCAAGUCAGGAUGAAGGACUCUGUUGAGAAACAAAAGGACGUCGCGUUAGAGGAAAUGGUCACUCCUACCACCGAAGAAGCGAAAGAACAUUCUAGAAAAUCGAAUAAACAAGAGCAGCUUAGCGAGCUUAGUCGCGCUUUGGCGGUUUUAGCAUCAGCAUCUUCUGUCAGCAGGGAACGUGAAGAGUUCUUGAGACUCGUCAAUAAGGAGAUAGAGUUGUACAAUAGCAUGGUGGAAAAAGAGGGUACCGACGGUGAAGAAGAAUCGAAGAAAGCAUAUAGAGCUGCGAGAACAAAUACAGACCACGCUGCCGAGAUGGCAAUUGGUCAUAAACUAUCUUCAUCUCUUAUAGAAAAGGUUGACGCUAUGAUCCAAAAGCUAGAGAAGGAAAUCGAUGACGUGGAUGCUAAAAUCGGGGAUCGAUGGCGGCUGCUCGAUAGGGACUAUGAUGGGAAGGUAACACCUGAAGAGGUUGCGUCUGCGGCUAUGUACUUAAAAGACACGUUGGGCAAGGAGGGGCUUCAAGAACUUAUCAACAAUCUUUCUAAAGAUAGAGAUGGGAAAAUUAAUGUGGAAGACAUCAUUAAAUUAGGCAGUCAGAAGGAUGAAAGUGAAGAAGGAAGAAUAUAGAUGAGGUGAUGUUGGAAACUUGCCUGCAGUGUAAAAGGGUCUUUCGACUAUAUAUACAACACCAACACAUUCUGGUAUUCAUUUUAUGAUUUGAUACAUCAAAGUUCUAUAUAAAGAUGGUCACAAAUAUGAAACAAUAAAUUGCUUUUUUUUUUUUGAUAAUUUGUAUAAUAUAUAAUAUACAUGUUGGAGAGACUCA